AUGUCGCGUCUUGCUAAAAAGUUCCCCGACCUGGGUACGGACGAGAACGCGAACUUGAUUGGACCUACUUUGGAGGGCGUUGGAUGGUAUCCUAAGGUCUCUGGUCAUUUGAAGCUGCUUGAUGCCCCUGCUUAUUUUUCUGGGGAUGCUUGUGGUUUGUUCCGUGGUAUCGUGGCUGCAAUGUUUAGUGGACAUUACUCUGCUGCUGCUCUGAUGGAGGAGAUGAUUUGA